UGGUUGUGGCCUUCCCGUCAUCCCGUGGCGGCGGCUCGCCUCCUCAAGGCCUCCAGACUCCAGUGCUCGGCGUCGACGUGCGAAUCAGCGACCUCCAACACGCCGCCGCUUCGUUUCUCCUGUCUCCUGAUUCCCGAUCCGCUGAGCGCCAGCGACGACCUGCUCUGCGCGCCUGGCCGUCCCCGUCCUUCUGCGCAGUGCCUUCUCUACCUCUUCUCCUCGCCUUCCCCGCAAGACUGCCUUGGCGUCUCUGAACGUCCGAUCAGAACGUCCGGAGCCGAUCAAGGGCAACGACGCGAUGAGGAUGAUUAAUCGUGACUAAUCGUUCGAUCAGUUUAGAAACGAUCAGCCUGGCUGGCUGGAUUGAAAUUUCGGCCCAGUGGCCCACUUCACUUGCCCAGCGGCCCAGCCCAGCUUCCUUUUUUCCAAUUCCCACCACUUGAGCAGAAGUCGCACAAGUCACAACCAAGAGCCAACAGAGCAACGCAGGCACACACGACACGAACCAGGCAACCAGCUGCGGACGGAGGAACCCUAGCGGAACACUGUGCCGGUGACGGCGGCGCGCUACCGGUGACGGGGGAUACGGCGGCAUCGGCCCCUCCUCCAUCCCCGGCGCGGCGGCGCCAGCAGCCGGCCUGCAGCAAAGGUAGUUGAAUGGCUUCAAGUGCACGGGACAUUAUGUUUCGGCCUCUCAAAACAUUAACUAUAAGCCCGGCACUGGCAUCUGGUGUGAUCAGACAGCGUUACCAGCUUCAACAGCAUGCACCAGUGAGUGGCACAUCCAAAGGAAAGGCUAAGCUCAAAGCAGGUCAGCCUUUGAAGCGUUCCACCAUUGGAGCAAAGAAAGGGGCACCUUCCGCUGCUGGUGGCGGCGGUGGUCGUGGUCGUCGUGAGGCCAUUGAGCGCAUUAUUCAGAUUUCCGAGUCAUGUCUCAAUGCAUCUACUCCGUUGCGGCACUUGCCCCUCAAGGAGCGUCUUCGUGAGGCCAAACGUGAGGAACUGGGUCUUGUCUCCAAGGAGAGGCAACGAGAGCUUGAUAUAGCCAAAGCCAAAUCUAAAGCCAAAUCUAAAGGUCCUGGUGGAGAUGAUGGAGACCGUGUGCUUAUGGGUCCACCGGGCCUUGACUAUAUCAGUCUUGGGCUAGUUGAUGAGGAGGCAAUCCCCAAGUAUGAACUCACAGUCGAGGAUGGUCGGCGACUUGCUAAAGAAUACAGUCGUGUACUAAUGCGGCGGCACCGUGCAAGGCAAACAGCAGAGUCAAUGCUUCUAACCCUAAAAAAGGAGGCCAUUGAUGCUCUCCCUGAGAAGCUACGAGCUGCUGCUAUGGUACCUGACAUGACACCGUUCCCUGCAAACCGGUACAUGGCGACACUCACACCACCAAUUGAAGGAUAUAUUGAAAAAGUGCGGGAAGCGGCCAAGAAGCACUCUGUGAAGGAGAAACUUCGCUGAGAAUUCAAGAGAGGAAACUGUUUCCGUAAGGUGAAUAAAUAUUCAACCUAAUGUACAAGAACAGCUUUGGCACAAACUGCAAUUGCCAUAUUUGGUGAUCUAAUCAGACAUCCCAAUUUGCUGAGCAGCCAUUAUCUAGUGAAAUCCUUUUUGCCAUUUUUAUGCAACUCUACAGGAUUGUUUUUUUUUUUUGCAGUUGUCGCUAGACUGUCAUUUCAUUUUCUGUUUUUGCUCAUUUAGGAUGUUUGCUGUUGAGAGGCAUGCUUGGUGCAAGUGCAAUGGUGAGAGCUGCCUUACUCGUUAUCAUGUCGCAGUUUCGAUGCACCUCUUUGUCUUUGCGGGGAAAAGACUUCGAUUUAUCCCCUAUUUACACCUCAUUUAUAGUCAUGUGGGAGCCUCUAGGACGUUUGUUGUUGACAGCAACUUCCGCAAUAAAGGGUUAGCAGUGAGACCAUGAAACUAAGAAUCUCCCGAUUCCUCACAAAUGCCCCCCGUACUAUUUUAUACUCUAGAUUGCUGAUACAGCAAGGGUUAUAUGAUGCA